UCCGCUACUUUGUCUGUGGUACCCUCAGCUCAGCUGGACUGCAGGAGCUCGCGAGCUCCAAUCCAUCUUAACCUACACUCCUCUCUCCCUCCCUUUUUCCAAGUUGAGAAAAGCUCUGCUCAAGCACACAACACGACAGUGUGAGGAGGAGCCUCCAUCCAUAGAUGCACACACAUACGCACACGCGCAAUCAUUUCGACGACGUGCCUCUGUUCCUUAACCUGGAAUCUUACCUCCGGUUUCCACUUGCGGAGCUCGAGGAUGGGCGGCGGAUUGAUGGGAUUUUCGCCGGGAGUGAUUUUUUGGGGUGCUUCGGGGAUAUGCGAUUUUGAUGCGGUGGGAUGCGAACGCAGGUUUUGGUCCGAGUGAAUAAUAGCCCUGGAAUCUGGCUAUUGGUGCGUUGCGUUCCUUGAAUUAUUUUUAGAUCUAAGCGGCUUUGGAUUUGUCGGUGAUGUUGGAGUUCCAGAAAUUGCGGUUCUUCAGUCGGUUGAGCGGGCUGUUGCUACAAGAGGUCCACUGGUCUAUCCUGAAGCAAUUUCUUCUCUUUUGCUCUGUAUUAUCUGUUGCUGAUGCUAAUUUACGCGACAAAAUGUUGGAAAGAGAAGCUGUGGCUCCAGCAGUUCACCUCUUGGAUUCUCCUGAGAUGCCUCUACGUGCUAAAUUUCCUUUAAUUCAGAGAUCUCAUUGGAACCGUCGAAGUCCGUAUGGUGCACCUUCUCGACCUCGAAAUUAUGAACAUUUUGGGGUUUCUGCUUCACCUUCAAGCUAUCGUCUCCUAAGGGACAUUGCGCCCUCUCAACCUGAACCUAGCAGUACAAUGCCACCUGGUUUAGCUCAGCCACCACUAUCUCCUAGCUUCAACAAUUGUUGUGGACCAGACACAGUGCUUAAACGCGGAAGUCAUGGCUGCCAUUGUGUUUAUCCAAUAAAGCUUGAGAUUCUCCUUCUGAAUGUCUCAUCUAACCCAAACUGGAAUCUUUUUCUAGAGCAGUUUGCUUCCCAGCUAGGAUUGCGACUAUCGCAGAUUGAGCUGAUUAACUUCUAUGUUGUCAACAUAUCUGGACUUAAUAUAUCAAUGGAUCUCACUCCUCAUACUGGAUUAAGCUUUUCUGCCCAAGAAUUUGCUGGAAUAAAUGCUUCUCUAUUGACUCACAAGGUCCAUCUAGAUCAUUCUUUGGUGGGCGAUUACCACCUUCUCAAUAUAACCUGGUUUACACAACCAAUGCUACCUGAAGCUCCUGCAUCUGCUGCAUCUCCUGUGGAAGCACAUCCAAAUCUUCCAUCAACUCCUGCAUCUCCUGCCGCUUCAAAGAAAGUUAAGCGGCCGAGCUUAGUUCUUUUAAUUGGGCUUGGAGCUGUAAUCCUCAUAGUUGCUGUUAUUUCUGUGUUUAUAAUUUGUUUCUGCAUAAAUCGUCGUGUGAAGUUCAACAUACCCGUCAAAGAAACUGAAAAACAAAGGACUGUGGAGACAAUAUCCAUUGUAGGAUCACUCCGCCACCCAACAAGUACACGUUUCCUCACAUACGAAGAGCUCAAAGAAGCUACAAACAACUUUGAAGCUGCCAGUAUUCUUGGAGAGGGUGGAUUUGGGAGAGUUUUCAAGGGUGUUUUAAGCGAUGGUACUGCUGUAGCUAUAAAAAGGCUUGGAAAUGGUGGACAACAAGGGGAUAAGGAGUUCUUGGUUGAGGUCGAGAUGCUUAGCAGGCUGCAUCAUCGUAACUUGGUGAAACUUGUUGGCUACUACAGCAAUCGUGACUCCUCACAAAACCUCCUUUGCUAUGAGCUUGUCCCAAAUGGAAGUUUGGAGGCCUGGCUUCAUGGACCUUUGGGGGUAAACUGCCCGCUUGAUUGGGAUACCAGAAUGAAAAUUGCUCUUGAUGCUGCUCGGGGACUCGCUUACUUGCAUGAGGAUUCUCAACCUUGCGUUAUUCACCGAGAUUUCAAGGCAUCAAAUAUAUUGCUCGAGAACAACUUUCAUGCUAAAGUUUCAGAUUUUGGCCUUGCAAAACAAGCCCCCGAAGGCAGGGCAAACUACCUCUCCACCCGUGUAAUGGGAACCUUUGGGUACGUUGCCCCCGAGUAUGCCAUGACCGGGCACCUCUUGGUGAAAAGUGAUGUUUACAGUUACGGUGUGGUUCUUCUUGAGUUACUGACUGGAAGAAAGCCUGUGGACAUGUCGCAACCAUCGGGCCAGGAGAACCUUGUAACAUGGGCGCGGCCAAUACUAAGAGAGAAGGAGCGGUUGGAAGAACUAGGUGAUCCAAAGCUGGAGAGGAAGUACCCAAAAGAAGACUUUUUCCGGGUUUGCACCAUUGCAGCAGCUUGUGUGGCUCCGGAAGCUAGCCAACGACCCACAAUGGGCGAAGUGGUGCAGUCUCUGAAAAUGGUGCAACGGGUGACAGAAUAUCAUCAUCAUCAUCAUGAUUCUGCUGGAGCAGGAGCACAAGCACAAGCACAGGCAGGUAAUAACCUUAGGCAGUCAUCGACGACAUUGGAGUCGGAUGGUACCAAUUCUUCAAUGUUUUCUUCUGGUCCUUACUCUAGUCUAAGCAUACUGGACAAUGAUAACAUUUCUAGGACUGGUGUAUUUUCGGAGGAUCUUCAGGAAGGGCGGUAAUUACACAACAUUUUUCAUGUUUUUGGUU